AUGUUUGCUCGACUGACAUUAAUCGUCGCUCUUCUGCUGGCGCUUUGCAAUUGGGUGCCGUCCAGUGCGCUGCUGCCCCUCCGUCCAGUGAGUAACGAGCAGAAACGAGAAGGCACAAUGGAAAUGACAGCAGACACAUGCCGUGGUAAGUGGAGGCUAUGCCAUCAGCAGGCCAUUUCUUGAUUCAUUGCUUGUCUGUCCUUACCGCUCUCACACACAGCCAAGUGCUGUGAAUCCGAGGACUGCGACCAAGGACCGAGAACUGGCAGCGAGUGUGCAGAGGUGAAUGUUGCUUGACGGUCUGGUAUUCCACCUUCGUUUGACUCGCUCUGCUCAGCUCAACGCUUUCUGCCGGUCUCUGACUUCCCAUUGCUUCGCCAAGUCCGGCCGAAAUGCGUGGUCAGUCAGCAGAUUCAAAAUUCUGUCGUCACUCUGCUAGUCACUCUGUCUGUGUCUCUCUGCUGAUGUGAUGUGUGACUGUCAGCUCACGCAACCGAGACUCUUAUUGUGCCUCCUGCAGAGAGAAGGCCAGACAGAUCUGCUCAUAA